GUGACUGAUGGCGGCUAUCAUCAGCUGUGAGGCUUUUAGCGUCGUCGAGUAUUUAACAGAAUUGUAAGCUUCUAUAUCGGCCUCUCUCAACGUGGAUUGCCUGUAUCUCUUACUUUAACGAGACAUUUAAUGUUAUAGAACCGUUUUAAUUAAGAGAUGUCUCUGGAGGAUCCGUUUUUCGUCGUCAAAGAGUAAGUAGAUUCGCCAUGUCAUUGUUUAUCUUUUUGUGGAAUUCUUCUCUUUGACAAGGAAGAAUGUCGUGAGAUGGGAUCAAGCUAAUAUGAAAGCUUUCUCUUUUUUCCGAUCGAAAUCCUGUUCAAAACAUAAUCGUUUCAGUGGUGUUAGUGUCGCAGAUUACUGAGGUAAUUUCUUACAAUUUUAAUACCUGUACAAGCAUAAUGUACGCUGAAACGCUCAAAUUUUUUGCAUGAUCUUGCAACAAUAUUUUUUCAGAACCUAUAAUACAUCUUUUUAGACUUUAAACUCAUCCAAAUAUAUUUCAGUGAUUGAUUUGAUAUCAAAGAAUACUCCGAAAUUACAACGUAGGAAGUAUUCUUUUUUUCUUAUUUUUUCAGUACAACCGGAUGCGUUUAUUCCGAUUACGCGAUGGCCGACCUUGCAUAUAGUAUCGAUUUAUUUACUAUUUUAUGAACAAUACGUCACCGAGUUAUUUUCGGUGUUUUAUUGAUAGUCUUACAAAGAAACGUCUAUUUCAAGAUUUUGCUCUGGUUUUAGCAAUGUAAACCAACUUGCAUUAAAGUAAGAUGAGAUUGCCACCAAUAGGCUACCAAACCAUCUCUCAUAGAGAUUCUUAGAGAUAAUGAGCUGCAAAAGAGUGUAUAAAUAGUCUUAGUGACAGUUUGAUUCCUGAACAGAAUAAGGAAGAUGCUAAAUUUGGUUCUUUCUCCUGUGAUCUCCUUUGCUAUAUUAUGUAAUUAAGGCACACUUCAUGAGUUAUUUUUCAGAUCAGAGUUGCCUCCUAUAAUUGCAGCCAAUUUAGAUUGGUGAAAGAUGACAUAAACCUUGAGAAAAACCAUAAUAGGGGCAUAGCCAGGAUUUUUCAAAAGAGGGGGGGGGGGGGGGGCACACUGUGUCAAACAGAGGGUACAAUAGGAAUACAGUAGGUUGUUUGCUUAAAAAAAGGCUCGCAGAGGGGGUGUCAAUGGCAUCCCAGAACCUCCCUCCCAUCUGGCUCUACCCUUGAAGAAGGAGUGAAUAGUGGAAAGUCUAAGAAUGAUGGCUAGGCAGAAGGUUGGGGUCAGGAGGAUAAAAUAUUUCCUCUCUUGCCCUUUUUCUUUGCAUCCAACCGGUAUCAACUUCUUAGCUAACAUUUUCUUAAAUGCUAUUCAGAUUCCCAUGAAUUUGUUUCUUCAAGUUACAUUUGAACCAGUAUUAAGUGGCAGUGUAUUAAGGGGUCACCUGUGUUAUUUGGUGAAAGUCCCAAAUUUUUUUCCUAUAGUUACUGUCAUUUUAUCCUCUAUUUGGCAUUCAACUCUAUUAAACCGUUGUGGUCACCCUUUACGUAGUAAAAUCUGUUUGUAUUGUCUUCCACUUCCACCUGUAUUGGACAGGCACGUAAUGAGGAACCAUGCAAAUGAAACUAAGAAUAAUCUUUCAAAUAAAAUUUAAUCCAUGUUUCUCUCCUGAAAUCAAUUUUAGUAGUAUUUUUGAGCAAGUUUUUGUACAGUAAGAGGUCAAGUAGAGCAUAUAAUGGGUUUUUUAUCAUUUUUUCUUUUACCCCUAUUCUGCAAAACUUGUAUUAAUCCUUUAGCUCCUAAGAGAAUUUGGUUUUGAAUCAUAGUGUCCUCAAGCUGAUACUUUGUUAUUCUCAUCACCUGUCUGCUUGAUAUUGUUCUAAUAUUGCUAGGAGAAAUAACCUUCUCAGCCAAUUCCGGGAGUGGAAAGGUUAAUAGCAUACAGUACCCAAUAUAUUCUUUAUUUAAGGUAUCUGAUAUAGGGCUGUCUAGCUCUUACCAGGUUUUAUAGGAAUGGAUGUUGGAAAACUUUAAGAGUUACCCAAAAACACAAUUCAGUGGCAUGAAUCACUUAUCCUUGCUAAAGCAAAGGCUCUAAUCACUGUGGCUUAAACAUCCAGUGGAAUAUUUAGCAGUCAAGUGACCAAAUAAAUACUUAGACAGCAUGCCAACUAUAAACUAUCAUUUUUAUUUUGUUAGGGAAGUACAGAAGGCAGUUAACAAUGUGCAGUCUCUAUACAAGAGGUGGCAAGCCCUAUUGGAUAAUCCUCACACCGUAGGGAAAGAUGAAUAUAAUUGGACAACUAAUGAACUGCGCAACAAUGUGCGGAGUAUUGAAUGGGAUUUAGAAGACCUGGAUGAAACAGUGGGUAUUGUUGAAGCAAACCCAAGGAAAUUCAACAUUGAUGUUGCUGAAGUUGAUCAAAGAAAACAAUUUAUAAAACAAACUAGAGAUACUGUGAAUCUCAUUAAAGAGCAUAUGAACAGCCCUUCAGCAAAAGCAAAGGUGGAGAAUUCAUCAAGAGAGGUGAGGGACCAGUUACAUUCUGUUACUGUCAACAGUAUAUUAUGAAUAUAUGAGAGUUUGAGGCUGAUGUUACUGACUCUUUGGAUACCGGUAAUACAUUUAUGACCUGGCUGAAGAAUAAACAAGGCAAUCAAAUAUUCUUUGAAAAAUGUUAAAUGCUGUGCAUUUAAUAAAUCUUCAUUAUCAAUUUUUAUUUCCUCUUCUUUUUACCCUUUUUUUUUUGUUUAAUUUUAUGAUCCCUGAGAGAUAAGAUAUCAAUAAAAUGAUAGUUUGCUUGCCACACUUUGCGGUGUCAUGCCCACAGAAUGAGACUGCAUUACCUUGAACAGGUCUCAAUAAAAAGUUUUGAAAAUCACCCUGGGGCUUACACAUGUCACUUAAAUGUUGGCGAUGUCCUCAGAUAGUUAUUGUAUGUUUGUUAAAAAAAUUAAUUACAAGUUAUAAAAGACACAAUUUUAAAGAGAUGAUAUGACCACUUUUAAGGUUUUUUUCAUGAUUAUCUAUGAAGAUUGUUCUUGUGUUUUUGCAAGGCUUUGUUGGGAAGAAGAAAUGAUAAACCAAAAGACAGAUACUCAAGGUUAGAUCAAGAAAUUGAGAAUUCAAAUCAAGCAUUUAUCACAGAUCAACAGCAACAACAGGAGGUAAUAGAGAGUGCACAUUACAAUUAAUGAAACUUGUCUUCUUCAUAACAGUGUAAUCUUAUACCGUUUUUAUAAGGGUUAAAUGAAUUUUAGAGAGCUUCUGUGCAAGGCUACACUGCACAGAUUAGGUACAAAUGAAAUCUAAUGAUAUAUUUAAUGGUAUGUUGAGCCAUAGUUGGAAUUUGAAGAUUAUUGCACAACAUGGCAUUAUUUGCAAAUAAUUAUGUACUAGUUGAGUAUUCCUAUCUUCUGGGUAAGAAGAAUCCUGAGAUGGCUAUUGUCUGUGACAGUGAAUGAUGAUGUUUUUUAAUCUAAGAGGAAGUUUGUUGAAACAUGGAUCAUUAUUACUUCUGGGUUCAUAAUUCCAUAUAGUUUAAGUCAUUAUUUUCAUUUUCAUGAAGUUAAUGAUUAGAGCUCAAGAUGAACAGCUUGACAUGGUUGGACACAGCGUUGGAGUGUUGAAAACCAUGGGAAAGAAGAUUGGUGAUGAAAUUGAAGACCAAAAUCUGUAAGUUUUGUCCUAAUACCUAGUAAUUACUCAGCUUAAGGCCCUUUCAAUGGAGUGUCAAAAGUAAUCUGGUAUUACUUUACUAGACUGUGUCUGGUUUUGCCUAUAUGCCACUCCAUUGAAAUGCAGUAGAUUCAAGGUGCUGAAUAUUUUUUGAAUUAGAGAAAAUUAUUACACAGACAAUAAAAUAUAUGAGCAUUUAAGCCCCAUUCAGUUCUGAUUUUAUAAUUGAAUGCUCUGUUCAGUGAGCCACAGAAACUUAUUGGUAAACAUCAGGUUAACACAAAUUUAUGUGAUAAUAAGAGGCUAUGGUUCCAGUAGUUAUUGUUGUAAAGCAUAGUGGUUAGUAUUCAUGUCUUGAAGCUAAAAGUUCUCUGUCUUGAAGCAUUAAGUAUCUUUCAAAUUGACCCUCCUUUUUGGUCCAUAGUUUCUGUGUUGAAAAAUUUGUUUGCAUUUUCACAAAUAUCCAUUUUUAGUCUUAUUUCUUAUCCCCAUUAUCUAAUCAUAAAAUGAUAUUUUCUUUUUUUUUUUUUUUCAAGGCUCUUAGAUGAUUUUGGACAUGAAUUAGAAAUGACAGACUCCAAACUACAACAAACUGUUCUUAAAGUAGAAAAAGUUUUAAGAUUAUCUGAUGGUAAGCAACACUCACCUGCUAGUUAUAGACUGACAUAAUAUUCAGUCAUUUCGAGUAGUGGAGCUGAGGUCACAUUUUUUUUUUGCAAUCAAAAGCAAAAAUGACCACAACACCAUUCUUAUAUCAUUUAAUUUCCCAUUCUUUUCUAUAGUGACACCACCUGCAAGAUUCUAGCAGCCACUUUGUCACUGGCAUUCCUUUUAUUUCCUCCACAAUUUAAAAGUUGUCAGUGUCACAUGGGAUAAUUUGCCCUAAUGUACAAAAGACAGAGAAUAGCUUUCCCCUUUUGACAUUUGGCAGAGAAUCCCAACCAAUAGCCUCCUUUAUAAUAGAGCAUUGAAAUCUCAAUGAUAAUAUUCCCACAAGUUUUCUUGGAUUUAUUCAAUGACUAGAGUAUUUAGUUAUUACUCGCUGUGCAAAGAAUGGUACUCCAAUACUGUAAUUGGAAAACCUGUGUCCUGCAUGUCAUGUAUAUGAAGGAGUGGAAGAGUGGAGAAUGAAAGAUCGUUGGGAUUUGGGAUUUUUGUGCUGUUCUGGUGGACAUGAAAAAAAAAAAAAAUUCCACCCUUGCAGGCAUUUCCUUUGGAAUUCUAACAGUUACCCUCAACCUUCAAAUGUAAGCCCCCAUGGAGGCAUGAAUGCUGACCAUGCAGACUGCAGCACUUCUUACUCUUCUUGGUUUUGAUGCUUUCUAAGCCUGAACUUUUUAUAUUAUUGUUUGAUUGCAGAUAAGAGGCAAACCUGUGUACUGGUAGCUCUAAUAGUAAUUAUGAUAGUAGUCAUCAUUUUAUUUGUUGCAUUGUGAGGAUUGCAAAAAAGAUGCAGACAAAAAUGUAGAAUAGACUUCCAGUUUUCUGGAGUUUGUAGGAGAAAGGCUAAAACACACAUAACCCUUUACACCCUAACAUUGGCAAUCAUAUUCUCCACACUCUUCUCUUUACAUUUCUUCUGUUACUUACAAGGAGAAUUUAUCUGACAAUCAGGAACCUUAAAUUGGUGAUCAUUUCCUUUGUUCUCAUGACCUUAAUGUUUGAUUCAAGGGUGAUACUGUAAGGAGAAAUUCUAAGGCAAUCAGUCUUAGGGAUUAAAGGGUUACAUUUAUUUGUGGAUGUUUAUUUUGUGGUUUAAGUUCCUUCCUUGUUAAAUUUUUAUUUUUCUUUCUUUCUGUAUAUGCUCAAGUAAUGGGCACAAAAAGUUAAAAUAUGUACAUUACUUAUUUAUCAGAAUGAUGUAUGAGUUACAUAAAUAUUGAGUAGACACUUUUUUAUUAUUUUGCAAAAAA